UCACUGCCGCACCUGCGCAGCCAUCUUGUAUUUGAGGGAAAAGGAGAAAGCUGUCUUGGGAGGUAAAGGGGGGAAAUAGAAAUUUAGAAAUUUGAACGUGCACUCAGAUAGUUUGUAGUGAUAACACUUCAGACAGUUCAUAGGAAAGCCUAGAAAAAGGUGACAUUGUUCAUACGCCUGAAGACGGGACGAGGAACCGGACAGAAGAAAGCGAGACGGGUAGCCGGAAUCGUUGAUCACCAGCCAUGAAUCCUGAGUAUGAUUACCUGUUCAAAUUGCUGCUUAUUGGUGAUUCUGGAGUUGGGAAAUCAUGCCUUCUGCUACGAUUUGCUGAUGACACUUACACAGAGAGUUACAUAAGCACUAUUGGUGUAGACUUCAAAAUCCGAACAAUUGAACUGGAUGGAAAAACUAUCAAGCUACAGAUUUGGGAUACUGCUGGACAAGAGAGGUUUCGCACCAUUACAUCCAGUUAUUACAGAGGUGCCCAUGGAAUAAUCGUUGUCUAUGAUGUUACAGAUCAAGAGUCAUACAACAAUGUGAAACAAUGGCUGCAAGAAAUUGAUCGUUAUGCCAGUGAAAAUGUUAACAAGCUGCUAGUGGGAAACAAAUGUGAUCUGACAACAAAAAAAGUUGUUGACUAUACCACAGCUAAGGAAUUUGCGGACUCUCUGGCAAUCCCUUUCUUAGAAACAAGUGCCAAGAAUGCCACCAAUGUGGAACAGGCUUUCAUGACAAUGGCGGCAGAGAUAAAGAAACGCAUGGGCCCAGGAGCAACUGCUGCUGGAGACAAGCCUAAUGUAAAAAUUGACAGCACUCCUGUGAGGCAGUCUGGUGGUAGCUGCUGUUAAAACACAAUGAAAACAGUUCCUUGCGCUCUCUCUCUUUUACCUGGAAGAAUGAUGGAGGAGGUUGGAAGGGUGGGUUUGGGAGAACAUGGGUAUGAGAAAAUGUGGCUUGGACAGCAUCAAACUGAAAAAAACAGAAGAGGGAAGUGACAAAAUUAAUGGCAAUAUAUUUGUCUUAAUUUUUUUUUCUCUUUUGGGUUAUUCCUGUUGUGUGUGCAUUUUUAUUUUUUAUUACAGUUUCCUAACUAUUGCUUGUCCUUGAAGCCUAAAGCAUAUUAUCAUUGUUGUCUGAUGGCUUCCUCACUUCAGGCCUUUUUGUUUCAGAAGGGAAUGUGGAAAGACUGGUCUCCAAGCAUGGGCCGGAUAUGAACUCCUGGUUCCCUUCUAGUCAGCUGUUGCUUGUUUGCAAUGAAGCACACCACAGAUUGUAGUUUCUGUUUUACUUUGAAUUUCAGUUUGGCUGUUUUUGUCCAAAAGCAUUACUACUUGUGAAUUUCUCUGCAUUGCUUUAUGAAGCUGUGAUAGUUUUUGCUUCUAUAACUCAUGUUCAAGCUCCUUUUUUAUCUCCUUUUGGAAUAUCUUCUUCAUAUUGAUGGCCUGCUGCUUACUGUAAGUAUUGCAAUGACUGUAACCAUGAAAGAAAUUCAUGCUUUGCAGAUCAUGCUUUUUACCAUCCUUCUGAAACAAUUCAAAUAACCUUACAUCCUCUUAAAAAAAAAAAAAAGCAAAAAAAAACACCUCCACUUUUUCUGUCACGCUACUGCAGUUACCACAUUUAUAGGUGCUCUGCACUCAGAGCUCCUUAGUUAUGUUUUGCAUUGACAAAAAUACACUGCUUGCCCCUUACUAUUGCUUUAUUUGGGUUCUUUCAAUGGCUGCAGGUUUCUUAUGUACAAAUAUACAGUUGUAAAAUAAAAAGUAUGUUACUUGUUAACAUGAUUACUAAAGGCGAUUGACAUUUCUUUAACAAUGUUUCAUUGAAGUCUGUGCAAGUAUAUCGUAUGUUAUCCAGAGGAAGCAUCUGUUUUCUCAGACUCACCUUGUUUUUUUUUAUGUGUGUCAUUUACACACAUACUUUGUUUAAUAUUAUAGAUAAACUAAGAAUUAAAUCUAUUGGGGUUCAGCUUUAAGCUUGCAGCCAGUGGAUUUUCUGUUCCCUGAAUCCAUGUUUGUGAUUCUGUCAUCCUGUAUCAGAAAUAUAAAGCUCCUUUCUGGAUACCUCUUCUAUUGGUGCCUCACUGCUCAAGAGUGCCUGUGCUGGCUGGUGGACUUAUUAAACACAUGAUUUUGAAAGAUAUUUAUACUUUCCUUUUGUGUUGCAGUGCAAUAUCUGGUAAUUGUUUAGGUGGCAACAGAAAACUGGCCAGCCAAUCUGUAGAUCAGAGUAUUGCAGUGAGAGUGAAAUUGAACCAUUGUGACAGCUCAUGAUGUGCUUCACUAGUGGCUUCGGAUGGCUGUAGAAAGAUGUUUUUCCUGUAUACUUCUAUUUUAUACUUUUCUCAGUAUUCUUUUGAAGACUUCUGUUAUGUGUGUGAUAGGUUCAUUGAACGUAUCAUUAAAAAUCUUUAAUUUGCCUUUAUAAAUUGCAAGGGAGACCCAUAUCUACCCAAAAUCAUUUUUAUAAAUUGAAGUCUCUUGUCUAAAAGGUAGUCUGAUUUUAGUGUAAAAGAUCUUAGUAUGCUUUUAUUUUUCCCAGUGUGACUAUAUGCAUUAUCAAAAAAUUGAAUUGCCUUUUGCCAGGGCUUCAUAGCAACUCACUUUUAUUUAUAUUAAAAACAAAACAAACAAAAACACACACUCUGCACCUCCUACACUAGAGUAUGCUAUUCUUAUAGGUAGGGAUACUAGUUUAGAUAGUGGAACUUAAUAAUGCACUUAGUAGCUUAAUAAGUUUCAUUACCUCUCUCAGGAGGGUCACAGUAUGGAAACGUAAUUGGAAAAACCCAAAGUAAAUUGAGCAUUGGCAGUUAAUUACACUCACUAUUUAAAAUAAACAUCAAAUUACAAUAUGUGUCCUACAUAGACCCACAGAGCACAGUAUGAAGUGUGAUCCACUGUAUAAUAUAGAUUUUUUAACGCUUUAUCGUGAAUUUUUUUGUUUUGUUUUUUCUCCCAGUCAAAGACAUUUCUGAUAUCAAUAUUACAAACACAAUUUCAAUUUUAUACCUUCCAUCCUCAUCCUCCAAGCAAAAUUUUGAGAAAAGUCUUAGUUUAGCAGAUGCUAAAGUUUAUCUUAAGUUGCCUGACUUAACCUUUUGAAUAGAAUACCAAAUUAUAUUUUAAUUCCCUUGAGAAAAUAACAGCAUGACACUAGUUAGGUAAGAUGUAGUGAUUAGAAGAGUGAUUAAAAUCGUUUUUACCAAAAGUAUCCCUAUUUCUGUCAACAAAAACAUUAGUUUGCCUCGUGUAAAAUGUAGUUUUGUUUAUUGUUCAAUUCCAGACACUGGCAAUUUUUUGGCUCAGAUUACGGUGGUGGGGGUCUGUUAUCCAAUAUAGUUUUAAUUUAAGAUUUAAUUUCUGAUAUUUGAUUAAUCUGUAUAAUAUUAAAGUAUAUUUAACUUCAGAUGUUCCAGUGAAGUGUUGCUAUGUUCAAAUGGAGCAGCAUGGCUGAUGGCAAUAAUAUAACCUCCCAGGGUUAGCCUUGUCCCUAGAGUAUUAAAUUUACACAAGUCCAGAUGUACUCUAGACCUUAUGUCUUUUGCUUUUUUUACUCCUUGUUAAUUUUAGUUUAUCAGGUUUUGACAUCCUUAGUUGGAAUUGCAACAGUUCCACCUAAACUUUUUAUUACAUCUUUUUCUACAAGCUUUCUAUCCCUGUGGGAGGGCAUAUUUUGUCUUUAAAGAUAUUAUUAAUUUAUUUGAAUAAUGUCAUUAUAUUUGGCAUUUUCUAGACCAAAAUUUCCUCCAGAAAAACUAUGGGGCUUUUUAUAAUGUUCAGCAAAAUAUCAUUUUGUUUAAGUAUUCUCCCGGCUUAAUAUUCCAUUAGUUUCUGUGCAUUCAGGUUCCUGUUUUGCCUGUUUACAUUUGACACGUGAAAGGAGAUGCUGUGGCCUCUGAAUGUUAUAUUUUUAUAUAUUAUUUUAAUAUGUUAAUAUAUGCUGUAGUCAUUCCUUUAAGUUCAUAUCCUUCAGUUAAAAUUUACUGAUUAACAAGUUAAUAUUUCACAUUCUUCUAGGGAUUUCAUACUGUAUUCCUCAAAUAACCAAACCAUUCAAACAAAGUAAAUUCUAUAAUGUUUAUUUUCACCAAAUGACACUGGGGAAAAAUGACCAUGUAAUUUUUUUUUUUUAUCUCCCCAGUUAAAUUUUAUAUACCAACAUUUAUUGUUAGACCUUGAGAUAAAAUACAUUUUAGACAAAUGUGUUGGAGUAAGUAGCUGCUGCUAAUAUUUAAACUCAAACAGCAGAGCCCAUACAGACCACUUUUGCUGUUCGCCAGUUUUCCUCAUUAUAUACAAGUUUAGGCGGUAGGAUGUGUUUAACCAUUUUUAAUUAAUCUGCAGUCUUUUUCCCUAUCUGCCGCUAAGAUCCUAAAAUCAUAUAGCAUUGGAGAAAAAAUGGAAAUAGGCAAUUUCAGACAUUUAUUUUUAGAGAAGAAUGUCAGCCAUCUCUUCGACAUUUUACCCACUAAGUUCUCAGUACAGUUAUGUUUUUUGUGUUUGAGUUUUUGUGCGUUAACUUCUUAAAAACACUUGGGGAGCUAUGUGCAAAACCUUUUUACAUGUAGUUAUUCUAUAGCACUGUUGUGAGAAUGUAUUAAUGUGCAGUUUGGAAGAAAUUGUAAUGGGAGACCACCACUUCAUUUGUAUAUUCAAAUUGAUUACUAUUUGAACAGUCCCCCAUGUCUAUUUUAAGGAGUUCUUCUUUUUACUGGCUAUUUUGUGCAGCUUCAGAUAUGGGUCUAGCAGUGGCAUGAAUAUUAAAAUAUGACUUUGGAACCAUAAAUAGUUUCUUUUUAUAGCUGAAACAAAAAGCUGUUUUGCACUUCUGACUAGAGAUUCAACUCUAGUAACUUCUACUGUUCUUUUGUACACUUCCUUCAGUUCUCUGUUUCCAGAUAAGCGAUGUUUCUAAUGUUUUGCAUUGAUUAUAUUGGGGAUUUGGUUAUUUUUGUUUUGUUCUUGUCAUUCAAAAAAGCUGUUUAAAAUUUAAAACAAAGAAUCAUAAGCCUCAUCCCUGGGAAGCCCUUUGUAAUAGAAUGUAAUUUGUGCGUAUUGACAAACUUUUUUUUCUUGUUUGUCUUAUAAGGUAAUAUAUAUGAAUAAAUAUUUUUUGGAUUAAAACAGUACCAAAUUGAUUUUCAACGCUACUUUUACUGCUUUAAAAGUAUUGGUAGCUUUGACAUAACCCUUCGCUUCAUCUGAGUGUGAACCAAGGGCUGUUGGGGUUUCAAUGGACAAGGCUUGGAAAACUGUAUGUAUUUGCCCUAAAGUAAAGUUUAUCGAAGAAAGAUGCAUUUUUAAUACAACAGAAGACCAAAUAACUUUGAAGUCUUUACAACUUAUAAUUUCAGUGUUCUUUGUGUGAGGGAAAAUGCAGCAGUUGAAUGAUUUGAAAUUAUUUGAAGGACUGUCCUGAUUUUGCAUGGAUUUGGAGCAGUUUUAGUAAAUUUGAAGAACUGUUAAUUUUUGUUCCUGGGAUCAGUGGAUGGAGAGGGAGGGUGAAAUGGUAUACCUUAUUCUUAAUUGUAAAGUUAUAACAAAUUUGUUAUUGCAAAGUAUUUAUCUCUUUACCCCCAUUUUCCGAACACUAACUGUUCAUGUAAAGAAAACAUUGUUGCACAGUAUAAUGGGUUUUAAAAAUAAAUACUCCUGUGAUUAUUACAAAGUGUUA